GAUACAUUUUUUAAAAAACUGAUUACGUCCAAACGAAAAAUUGAAGUUUCAAGCUAAUUUCAAUCACCAAAUCUGUCCAUCAAGUAGUUAACUUUGGAAAAAGUUCUUUCUUAAGAUGUAACUUCGUUCUAGGUAGGUUUUGUGUAACGGGUUUCUGACAAAAGAAUGAUGUAAGAAACAAGUUUUAAGAAGACUAACCAUUGGAAUUUCCCCCUGGCUAUCACCGAACAACAACUGAACGACUCUUCUCUCGUCAUAAUAAUUCUGACCGCUCAGUUUCCCAAAUUUCCUUAGAUAUCUUGAAGAUUAGAGGAAAACCAGUUUAUAACAGCUCAAACCAGAGUUUAAUGAAGAACCCUAUCAGAGAGUUGAAUGACUAGGACCCGGGGGCGGAUAGAGUACAGUGAUGGGCUGGAUGAAGAGUUAGGCUGUUCGUUCCCUGGAGUAAUCACGUGUAACAGAUGUCGGAGGCCAUUUUAUAGAUUUGUCCACCCAAAAAUCAAUUUUGUUGAAAUGUAACAACAGUUUUAGUUGAAGAAUUAAGUGCAAUUACAUUGUAUUCUUUUGUUUUGGGACUUCAGAGUACUCAGUACAUGUCUGUUGAAGUCGGUCUAAUUCUGGGUACGGAUACUGUGGAUCUUGAUCAGUUGUUGAUUCUGAACUGCUUUUAGCAUAUUGUUUGGACAAUUUGAUAAUAACAUUUGACAAAUUGUACAGUUUCGUGUCAUUGUUUGCCUUUCGAAAUGGCUCCGGAUAAUAGACCUGGAGAUAGAAAAAGCCGGACCUACGGAUUUUGGAGGCUUCCUUCCAAGGAUGAUACCACUGAUGCUGAAGACACCAGACUUGGCUGGGGAUCAUGUAAACCAUACUGUUUACAGUUUUUGAACAAGAUGAUGCUCUUCGUCGUCUGGGUGUUCAUCCUGUGUUUCCUGGAGGGCUUCGCCGUAAACGGCAUAUCUAACGCGGGCCUUCCCGCCAUAGAGAAGCACUUCAGUAUUUCCUCGACCAAGUCGUCGGUCGUCGCGAGCUCCCAGGAUUUCGGCGCCCUAGCUGUGGUACUGUUUGUCAGCUUCAUCGGUGCCAGGCUCCAUAAGCCCCGUGUUGUUGCUUAUGGUUCUGUUAUCAUGGGCAUUGGGUCGUUCCUCUUCAUCGUACCUCAUUUGGCGGAGGAAUACAACUUUGGAGGUGGUUCACAGGGCACAAACGCAACAAGCGUCUGUAACGGGACGCGGGGUGCGGUGUAUAGUUUUAUAAGCAGCUGUGAUUCCCCGGGGGACAGGUUCAUCCCGGCCCUAGUCAUAGCGCAGAUGGUUCAUGGGAUAGGGUUCUCUCCCAUGUUUACCCUUGGACUGGUUUACAUCGAAGAAAAUGAAGAAAAGGCCUUGGCAGCAGUUUACAUAGGCUUGACCUACGCAGCCGCGGCUAUUGGUGUGGCUGCUGGCUUCUUUGCAGGCGGCCAGAUCCUGCAGAACUAUUACGUUGAUUUUGACAGAGUGAGUGUUGAUUUCGAUGCCAAAGAUCCCCGAUGGGUCGGAGCUUGGUGGUUAGGUUUCGUUUUUACCUCCAUAUUCUUUGUCCUCGUUGCCAUCCCAAUUUCACUCUACCCCAAAUCAAUGGCAGGGAGCUUAAAAUACCGAACAGACGAUAAACCCAAGGACCCGGAUGACGACAAACUCACACUGUGUCAGCUGGCGGGAAAACUUUUCAAAUUAUUCCUUAAGACAUUCCUGCAUUUGCUAAAAAAUCCCGUAUUCAUGUUGAUGAACUUUGCCGGAAGUGUGCAGACAUUGAUAAUUGCCGGAGUAGGAGCAUUCUCAUUCAAGUUUCUAACGGAACAAUACAACUUGGACUUCGAUACUUCUGGAAACCUUAUAGGCGGUUUGAUUUUGGUUGGAUCCUUUGGUAUGUUCCUGGGAGGUCUCCUCGUCAAACUUCUACGGCUGGAGAUGUUGGGAAUGACAAGACUUUGUGCAAUCGUUUCCUUGCUCUCGGGACUUUUCGGUAUAGCAUUUUUGGCAGGAUGUCCGGAAACCCAAUUAGCUGGACUACAAGUUACAUACACCGGAAGUUCUAUCAUUGACGGUUACGCCGACUCCUGCCACGCCUCUUGUGACUGUGAUCGCCAAACCUUUUCGGCUGUUUGUGGCGCGGAUCAAAAGGUUUACUACUCUCCCUGCCAUGCUGGCUGUCAAAGUAGUGUAGGAAUGGGUCCAAUGGCUGCUUACCAUAACUGUAGCUGUGUAGGGGGAGCUGCAACAGCGAAACAAGGACGCUGUGAAGACAACUGUUCGCAACUGAAUAUCCUGGCCCCUUGUAUGUUUCUUGCCAUGUUGCUUGUCUUGACCGCAGUAACUCCCACAUCAAUGGUGACCAUGAGAUGUGUUGAAGAUCAUGAAAAGCCAUUUGCAUUGGGAAUACAAUGGGUUUUAAUACGUUUAUUAGGCAUGAUUCCAGGUCCGGUGUUGGUGGGCUGGGUCCUGGAUCAGUCCUGUCUGAUUUGGUCCGGUGGUUCCUGCGGCUCCUCGGGGUCGUGCCUCCUCUACAGCCACGACCAGAUGGCGGUGGGUAUCAUGCUGUGGUGGGUUCUCGUAUCCGUGGCGGCCUCGGCGCUUUUCUUCAUUUCAUCCAUCAUCAUUGUAUGCCGGAGCUCAUCUAAAUCUUUGGAUCUAUAGGUCUACAGGUUUUUUUUUCAACUCGUUUCAUAGAUCAUUUUUUUAUUUGAUUAUUGUAUUUUUGUGUAUACUUUUAAUAGCUUUUGUAACGAAUUUAACUAUUUUCUUAACGAAGAUUUUCAGAAUGAAAUAGCUACUGUGGAUUUUUCAACAAUGCAAUAACCAAUAACUUUAGUACAUGUGGGUACAGAUUUUUAGUUACUAAUGUGAUACCUAUAGAUGACUUGCAUGCGUAUCAACACAUUUUGACAAUUACACGUGUAUAAAAAUGGAAUACAUGUACACUUAGAAGAAUCCAUGUUACAUGCACAUGCUUGCUCAAAUGCCGUUGUAUUAAGACGAUUAGUAAGCAUAUAGACGAAAUACAUCUCAUGUGUGUAAUACGGUCAUGAUUACACUUCAUUCCUUACUUAUGUCGUUAUUUUUAAUAUAUAUUUCAGAUGAGAAAUAUUUUGUUACAAUUAAACAACCCCUCUAUACUUUUGAUAAAUUGUGAGUUUGUUGAUGAAACUACUCCUUCAUGAUCAACCUAAGGCAUUAACAAAUAUAUGUAUUUCAUUAUAAUUCAUUUAUACCAUAUCAUAAAUAUAUUAUACGUUAUCUGUCAGGUCAAGGUAAUCAAGUGUAUCCUCUCUUUGAAAUAUGCAUUUUAUGAGGGGGGCAUACAUGCACCGAAAGAUUAAAAAAAAUCAAAGAGUGUUACCCAAAGGACAAAUAUUGAUUAAUAUUGAUAUGUUUUUAAACCUUUUCCAUUUUGUAAUAUGUUUUUAUCCUGGGAUAUUAUAUCAGGUAUAUGUUGCGAAUAAAUUUAAUGCCUUAACUAAAUACAGCAAAAAUUAUGCGCAGUUAAAACGAAUUCAAAUCAGCUGCCAAAAAUCUGGCAAAUCAUGCAGGUUUCACUGUACUUAAUAUCUGUGUUCAAUUUUCUAUACAUGUUAAUAAUGUUGGAAUACAUAAAUCAUUUGUCAAAUAUAUAAAUGAACUCGAGUAAAAAAAGGGGGCGGGUAUUUAAGGUGUUAUUAACUGCCGUCAGUAGCCGGUCGGUUAUAUAAGUAAAAAAGUAGCUGUGCGUUGACAAAUAUAAUUUGUCAACGCACAGCUAAAUAAUUGUGAAAUAAAUGGCAUUGUGUUUCUUUGCAUUUAAUCUUUUUUAACAGGAUUUUGUCCAUAUGUCUAUGAAUAGAUUUUUUUGUGUUCUUAAAAAUGUGAUUUUUUAAAAAAAAUCCAAAUAUACUUUUAACGGGGUUUUCCGUGGGAAAAAAUCUGAUUAUUGAACUGGAGAAAAUGGCGGAUGAUCGGCUGCCAAAAGGAUAUCCCUUUUGUACGGAUAACUCCUCAAACAGUUUUCUAAAUAGGUGGUUUUUUUUUUGCAGAUCAAUUGUUCAUAUAUCAGUGAUGUGAAUAUUCACAAAACAUGAGAAAAAUAUUAGCUGUUGAACAUACAUGUAAUUAGUUUUAACUGAGUGUUGCAUAAAAGUUUACCCAAUUUGUUCUGAUAAUUUUUCCUACAGUUUUAAAAGACCAUUUUGGUUUUUAAUUCAGUUGUAUAUAUAUGCAAGAUGUCUAUUACAUGUAUUUUUGUGAAUUAAUGAGAAAAAUGCCAGCUAAGUACUUUUACACAGAGUGCAUCAUUUGUCCAGAUAACUCCUCCUACAGUUUUCGAGUUAAUUUCAUUUCAGUUGUACAAAUAUGCCCCACAGAAAUAAGCAUAAUAUUUUCAUUUUUUGAUCGACAAUAUUUGAAAUAUGGAUACUGUAAAGAAGCCCGAUUUCUGUCGUCACAUUGACAGCUUUCCUUUUUUUGUUUUGUUUUGUUUUUUUGUUUUUUUUUAUAUUUUUUAUUUUGUUUAUAAAAAGAAAAAGACAAAUGGUUUGCAGCUGUUCUUUUGACGCUUUCGUCAUAUUGCUUUCUUGUUGUAAUUGAUGAUAUAAUAAAACAGAUUCAAAAUUUUGUUAAUUUUCAUGUCUUUUUGAUAUUUCGGUGUUUAUUUCUCCUUUUAAACUUGUUGAUGUUAUGUGUUACGACUUAGUAAAAUAUUGAGAUAUUGUACACGUGCAUGUAUGUUUUGUUUUAUCGGAUGUUAUAAUUUUAAUUUUUGUUUACAUACAUCAAACAGUUCCAGAUUUGAGCAAAAUGUACAUGUAUGUAGCAACACGAUUUAUUAUGUUAGCUUUUUUUACACUUGUAGUUUUAUAUGUAUAUGCAGGUAUAAUUUUUUUUUGAAUUGUAUCAAAUAUUUUACAAUCAAUAAAUAUUACGCAUUGUCCAAUUUACAUUUAAAAAUAGA